GUUUUCCUUUACUUUCUGUUAAUUUCUGUUAUUUUAAUCAUUAAUUAAUAAUUUAUUUAUUUUAUUCAAUGAAUACAUUGUUUAAUACAUUCAGUAUUUAAUACCAAAAAUUAAUAUUGAGAUUAAUUAUCUGUGAUCUGAUCCGCGAAAGUGAUAGUCGAGACACAAAUGGCGCCAAUUCUUGCCUCGGGAACAAUGAUUGGCCAAAGAUAUCAAGUGACGGAUCAGUUGAGUCAUUACAAAGAGCUGUUCAAAUGCGAGGACACGAGUGUCGCCGACGGCAACGAUCGGCGCAAACAAUUGGUACUCAAAGUGGAGAGAAUUGGACACAAAGAGGACAACAAACGACUCGAAAACGAGUACCGAUUCCUCCAAAUAUUGUCAACCAAUCAAUGGUACGAUUUUAUGAUUGAUUAUCUGACGGACCAAUCGUUUCGGUAUCUAUUGAUGAGACCUUUGGGUCAGAAUUUACGGGAAUUUUGCGCACAAAAGAGAAAACUGAAUGAAUGGGGAAUUCAGACGUUGAUGUCGUUCGCCGACCAAAUGAUAUCUCGUGUGGCGAACUGUCACUUAAGAGGUAUUCUUCAUCAGGACAUCAAACCGGAAAACUUUAUGGUCGACACCGAGAACUCGGAUGUGUUGUAUUUGAUUGACUUUAAUUUGGCCAAAAUGUUGUUCAAUGAGAGCGGAGCACACAUUCCUCACCGCCGGAGAAGUGCCGUCCAUUCGACGGGAAACGUCCAGUUCUUGUCAGUCAACGCACACGAAGGCCAUCAACAGUCCCGAAGAGAUGACCUGAUCUCUGUUGGCUAUACAAUGAUAUUCUUAGCCAAGAAAUCGCUUCCGUGGUCUCGUCAUUCGUCGCGAUACUAUAGCUCGCGAUCGGACUAUUUAUCAGCCGUCGGACAGCUUAAGAGCAGCUGUUCUGUCGAUGAGCUUUGCGAAGGACUUCCCGAUGCCUUCAAACAGUACUACUUAAACACAAACUCAAAUUUCAAAAUGCUUUGA